CCGCCCCCCCGCGCUCAGUCCCGGCGCGGCGCGGAGAGCCGAGCAGGUGCCGGCGAUGGCGGGCGGCUCGCACAGCGGUUCCGCGGCGGGCGGCGGCGCCCCGGGCCUCCUCCCGCUCCUCCUGCUGCUCCUCUGCGCCGCCGCCAUCAUCCACAGAGGUGAUGGCCAGAAUUUGGUUACCGAAGACGUGACGGUGGUGGAGGGAGACGUCGCCACCAUCAGCUGCCGGGUCAAGAACAGCGACGACUCAGUGAUUCAGCUCCUGAAUCCCAACAGACAAACCAUUUAUUUCAGAGAUUUCAGACCGCUGAAGGACAGCAGGUUCCAGCUGGUGAACUUCUCCAACAGCGAGCUCCGAGUGUCCUUGACGAACGUCUCCAUUUCUGAUGAAGGACGAUACUUCUGCCAACUCUACACCGAUCCCCCCCAGGAGAUCUACACCACAAUUACAGUGCUCGUCCCGCCACGCAAUUUGGUAAUUGAUAUCCAGAAGGAAACCGCCGUCGAGGGAGAAGAGAUUGAGCUGAACUGCACUGCCAUGGCCAGCAGACCAGCCACCACCAUCAGAUGGUUCAAGGGAAACAAGGAGCUGACCGGCAAGUCGGAGGUGGAGCAGUGGUCCGACAUGUACACGGUGACCAGCCAGCUGGUGCUGAAGGUGGGACGGGAGGACGACGGCGUCCCUGUCAUCUGCCUGGUGGAUCACCCUGCGGUCAAAGACUUGCAGACACAGCGUUACCUGGAAGUCAUGUAUAAGCCUCAAGUGCGGGUUUCUCAGAAUUACCCGGUGCAAGGCCUGACGCGGGAAGGGGAGCCGCUGGAACUGACGUGCGCAGCGAUUGGAAAACCACAGCCUACGGACAUGAGGUGGUUAAGAGUAGAUGAUGAGAUGCCUCAACACGUUGUAGUGUCUGGUUCAAACCUUCUCAUUAGUAACCUAAACAAAACAGAUAAUGGUACAUACCGCUGUGAGGCUUCAAACGCGGUGGGGAAAUCACAUGCGGAUUACAUGCUGUUUGUAUACGAUCCCCCCACAACUAUCCCUCCUCCCACAACAACCACCACCACUACCACCACCAUCCCUACCACCAUCACAGACACAACGGCGACGACAGAACCGGCAGUUCACGGCUUUACUCAGUUGCCCAAUUCCGCAGAGGAGCUGGACUAUGGGGAUCUCUCAGGUACUCCCGUCCCGCUAAAUGCUUCGCCGGAGGCUCUGCCAACUGUGCAAUUAAGUAAUGCAUCCCUUGCCUUCCAGCCAGAUUCCCGCGCAGGUGAGGAGGGGGCGAUACGGAGCGUGGACCACGCGGUGGUCGGUGGCGUCGUGGCCGUGGUCGUGUUUGCGAUGCUUUGCCUGCUCAUCAUUUUAGGGCGAUAUUUUGCCAGACAUAAAGGUACGUACUUCACUCACGAAGCCAAAGGAGCAGAUGAUGCGGCCGACGCAGACACAGCCAUCAUCAAUGCAGAAGGAGGACAAAACAACUCCGAAGAGAAGAAAGAGUACUUCAUCUAGAGCAGCCUUGGUUCCUAUGAGGUGUCCAACCGCGGACGGUUACUACUGGCCCUAUUUAAACGCUAAAGAGACAGAGAUAUUGGAAGUUGCAACCAGCUUGUGUCUUUUUUUUUAAAGAAAAUGAGUCGUGAGGCUGGGAGGGUCCGGGAUUUGCUGUGUAAAAAUAUUCCUCGUGAAGUACACUCUGCUGUUCGACACCUCAGUUUGUUUGGGUUUUCUUUUUUUGGCCAAGUCCAGCUUGGAUUUAGUUUAGUGAAGUCAUUUGCAGAAGAUUCUGUGCCUUGUUUAAUUUCUGUUUGUUCGGGUCGGGGGGAGGCUGGGAAGAAGAGGGGCUUCUGUGCGUUAGUUCCCUUCGGGUUUCUGUGGCUCUUCGUUUCCCCUUUCCUGUUCCGUUCCGGGAGUUGCCUGCUGGGACCCCCGGGAGUAGGUGGGUUUCUUUGAAGGUGUUUCUUCUCUUCACCGUUUUCCAUUCAGAACUCGAGCUCAUCGGAGGAGAACCAGCACAUUUUAGAUUCCGUAGUUUGCCGUUCAGUGUGCCCAUCUCCCAUCCCCUCCAUCGUGAUAAAGGCUUGGAUAAACAACUGGCGAGAACCCGUUUGUGGCUGCUUUCCGUGGCGGAGAAUAGGAAAGGGGCUGGAGCUCGGCGCAGGCAGGAAGCGGGGCCGAUUCCCCGGCAGGGAUGCUGAGCCCGUCUCUCGCACCGUGCUGCCGGACGGGCUCAGCAGGAGCUUCUGCUCUGGCUCUUUGCCUCGCGUACCGCUCCGGAACGCUCUCCCGGCUGGCCCAGCCUCUCCCAAUUUGCCGGAGAAGGCAAAGCCCUCCCGGGAGCCCCUGGCUCGGGUCACCGUCUUCCCAGACCCCCCGAGCCCGGCGAGCAGCCGGAUGAGCCAAACUGCCUUUUUCUAUCCGCUAAGUAAAACCUGGGAAUCUGCGUUAAAAUGACAGUGCUAACUGACUUCUAAAGCCAUAGGUGAACCGGAGAAUCCAGGCGAAUUCGAGUCGCCGCAGGUAGCAGGCGGGAUUA